AGAGAGGAGCCGCGGCUCGUUCCGCCAUGUUGGUAUUCUCCGGUGUUAGUGAACGAUGAGAGAGAGAGAGAGCGGCCAUGGCCUUGUCACUGAGCGGAGACGAAGAGGAAUAUGAUUCCGAGGGCGAGCAGCAGCGGGCGGCCAACCGGCCGAAGCCGAAGGCGGGGCCAUCGGCGGCGGUGAAGCUGCCGUCCAACCGCAGCGCGUCGGGAGCCCGGCGGCGGCGGACGCGAUGCAGGAAGUGCGAGGCGUGCCUCCGCACCGAGUGCGGCGAGUGUCACUUCUGCAAAGACAUGAAGAAGUUCGGAGGACCGGGACGCAUGAAGCAGUCCUGCAUCAUGAGGCAGUGCAUCGCUCCGGUGCUGCCUCACACGGCGGUGUGUGUGGUGUGCAAAGAGGCGGGAAAAGAGGACACGCUGGAGGACGAGGACGACAAGUUCAACUUCAUGUUGAUGGAGUGCUCCAUCUGCAACGAGAUCGUCCACCCCAACUGUCUCAAGGUGAGCGAUGCGUCCGGAGUGGUCAACGAUGAGCUCCCUAACUGCUGGGAGUGUCCCAAAUGCAACCACGCGGGGAAGAGUGGGAAACAAAAACGGGGUCCAGGCUUCAAGUACGCGUCCAACCUCCCGGGCUCUCUGCUGCGGGAGCAGAAGCCCGCCAAGGAGGACGCCGCGGACGCCACGGCCGCCACGGCCGCCGCCACGGCCGUGUCUGCAGCGCGGCGCCGUCCGGAGAGAGACGAGACGCCGCGGUCCAGAGGCGAGGACCCUCAGCCGCGGCCCCAGCCGCUAGCGCCGCUGCUACCGCUACCGCUACCGCUGCUGUCCCCGCGGCCGCGCCCCGAAGACAAGCUGAGGAAGAAGAGGAAGCUGUUCGACGAUGACGAGGAAGAGGAGCUCAGCGGGAGGAAGAAGGAGAAGUGUGACGAGCCGUAUUUCUCCAAACUUCUGCACCAGAUCAAGACCGAAGAGGAGGACCAGGACGCCGACGAGGAAGAGGACGGAGACGAAGGGCGGGAGCGCCGCUUCCGCAGCGGCGCGGAGACGAACGGGAGCCUCGGAGACGAAGCCGAACCGGACGACAAGGACUCGAGGAGCGCCCUGCUGCACGCGUGCGUCCGAGCGGCGGCGGCGGUCGGCGACAGCGACCAAUCGCUGUGCAGCUCGCCGCGGGCCGGCCCCAGCAGCGAGGCUGGCAGCGAGACGCAGGAGAGAGGCCCGCCGCGCCCAAAGGCUCGCCGCAAACGGCGGUUAGCCAACCGCGAGCUGAGCCGCGAGCUGAGCCGAGCGCUGAACUCAGAGAUCCAGGAGACGGAGAACUGCCUCGCCAACGAGAACCGGCAGCCGCUCAAAGUGGAGCCGGAGACGGAGAACGGAGAGACACACAGGUUACACACACACACACACACACACACACAGACACAGGUUACACACACAACCUGGAACAGAUGGUGCUGUGAUAAGAGACUGUGGACUAAGAUCGAUCUGAACCGCUGCACGUCCAUCACGCCUCUCAUGCUCAGCGGGAUCAUCCGGCGCCAGCCGCUCGCUCUGGAUCUCAGCUGGACCAACAUCUCCAAAAAACAGCUGAGCUGGCUCAUCAACAGACUGCCAGGUCUGCGGGUGUUGAGGUUGUCGGGCUGCUCCUGGGCCGCUGUGUCGGCGCUCUGCACCUCCAGCUGUCCCCUGCUGUGCUCGCUGGACGUCCAGUGGGUGGAGGGGCUCAAAGACGCUCAGAUGAGAGACCUACUGUCCCCGCCCACAGACAACAGACCAGGUCAGCUGGAUAACCGCUGCAAGCUGCGUAACGUGCGGGACCUUCGUCUCGCCGGGCUGGACAUCACGGACACGUCCCUGCGUCUCAUCUGCCGCCAGAUGGCGUCUCUGUCCACGCUGGACCUGAGCUACUGCAACCACAUCAACGACCAGUCGGUCAACCUGCUGACCGCCGCCGGGACCACCACCAGAGACUCGCUGAUGGACAUCAACCUGUCGGUGUGUAACCGCGUCACGGACCACUCCCUGACCUUCUUCAAGCGCUGCGGCAGCAUCUGUCAGAUCGACCUCCGCUUCUGUAAGCAGGUGACGCGCACGGCGUGCGAGCGCUUCAUCGCCGAGAUGUCCGUGAGCGUCCCGUUCAGACUCACGGAGGACAAACUGCUGCAGAAGACCUGCUAGUCCCCACGCACACACACACACACACACACAACGCACACACACACACACACACACACACACACACACACACACACACACACCUCCGCACUUACAGUAUAUUAUGGGAUGGGAUGUGUCUCAUUUUACCAGGGCUGUUCUCAAUUGAAGAGAUUCUGAGUCGACUAUCACUCAGUCAACUGUCUGACUGAUCCAUUAGUUGAUUUAAUCGACAGAUCUGUAAAUCAGAGUUUCUCCACUAAGAGUCGUGUUAAAAGCACCACUUUAAUUCUUGUGUUUACCAGAGAUGAGCUCGUACGGUUCUUGG